AUGGCCGCCUUCACCUCCCAGACCUACUCCCCCACCGAGGAGGCCGAGAUCCAGCAGUGGCUCACCACCUCGGAGCGCCUCAAGACCGCCGGCGACGACAAGUCCUCCAUCCUCGACACCCUCAACAGCCACCUCGCCAGCCGCACCACCCUGCUCGGCAGCAAGCCCAGCAAGGCCGAUGUCGCCAUCUACGAAACCCUCUCCCCCGUCGUCUCUGCUUGGACCCCCGAUGAGCGCACCGGCGAGCAGGGCCGCCCGCACAUUGUCCGCCACCUCGACUUUGUCCAGAACUCGCCCCAGUUCGGCCUCAGCCUCAAGGAUGAGCAAAAGGUCAAGGUCGACCAGGAUGACGUCCGCUACGUCAAGCCGCCUGUCGAUGCCAAGGCCGAGAAGGAGCGAUUGAAGAAGGAGAAGGCCGCUGCUGCUGCUGCCGCCGCUGGUGGUAACAAGGAGGGUGGUAACAAGGAGGCCAGCCUCGUGGACCGCACCAAGGAGAAGGUCAAGGAGAAGGCCGCCGAGGCCAAGGGCGCUGCCGCCGCCGCCGUCGGUGCCGACAAGCCCAAGAAGGAGAAGAAGGAGAAGGCCCCCAAGCCGCAGAAGGCUGCUCCCGUGGCCGCUCCCCUCAGCCCUGCGCUGAUCGAUCUCCGUGUCGGCCACAUCCUCAAGGCCGUCAACCACCCCGACGCCGACUCCCUCUAUGUCUCGACCAUCGCCAUGGGUGACCCUGCGUCCGAGGAUACCGUCGAGUACGAGGGCCAGGUCUGCCGCACUGUCUGCUCCGGCCUCAACGGCCUCAUCCCCCUGGCAGAGAUGCAGGGCCGCAAGGUCGUGGUCGUCUGCAACCUCAAGCCCGUCAAGAUGCGCGGCAUCAAGUCCAGCGCCAUGGUCCUCGCCGCCUCUCCCAAGAUCAAGGAGGGCGAGGUCGACGACCACAAGGGCCCUGUCGAGCUCGUCAGCCCGCCCGAGGGCUCCAAGGCUGGUGACCGGGUCUUCUUCGAGGGUUGGAAGGGCGAGCCCGAGGGCCAGCUGAACCCCAAGAAGAAGAUCUGGGAGACUUUCCAGCCGGGCUUCACCACCAACGACAGCCUUGAGGUUGCUUUCGACGCGAGCGCCGUCCAGCAGCUGGGCAAGACAGAUGUCGGUAAGCUCGUCACCGAGAGCGGCGGCGUGUGCACCGUUCAGACCCUCAAGGGUGCUACGGUCAGGUAA